AUGGACUGCGGGACUGCUGGCGCAGCUGCGGGCAUUGACCCCAAAAUACUCGACAAUUGGCAAUCCGAUACCGCUUUUUCGAUCGCUUCGUGGGAACACGCCGGCUACGACCAGCAAUUCGAGUGGGAUACCAGUCCAGACUCAAAUCAGGAUGAAGCAGAUGUUGUGGAUCUAGGUGUUCUACAUGGUUCGCUGGCCAACGAUCAGCCCAGCGCGUCCGUCUUUGGGCAUAAUUCCGACCCCAGCAACCCAGGUCUCACCUCGCCCGAGAAGUUCAGCGUCGCGGAUGCCGCGAUCGAAGGCACCAUCAGCGGGACCGUGAGCCCCAGAACCUUGCCCUCCUCGACUGAUGAUAACUUUCACGUCGAUGAGACAUGGCCGCAGUUCCAGCUCAUCAACUCCAUGGCGGCUGGACUGCCGGUGGACGCGCCUAUGCCCUAUCCUUACGCGAAAGACCCGACCUCUAACAACACAGUUAUCGUCGACGAUGGAGGAGAGCUGUCCAACGGACAAGGGUUUCCAGAGGUUCACGCAGAGCAGUACCUCACUUUCCAGAAUCUUUCUCAAGCGUUUCAAUUCGCCGCUGAUCCCUGGGCCGAGCCGCCUGCCAAUCUCAAUUCGAAUACGUCGGCGCAAGCACCUAUCCCCGCUCCUCAGAUGGGACAACAGGUACAAACCCAGAUAAUCAAUCAGCCUCGCGGCUUCCAGGGCUCUUUGCGCCCACUCGAAUCGCGCUGGCUUGAAGGCCUCGAAUCUCAACUGCCUACGAACCUAACUUCGCCUGCCUCAUUAUCGACAAAUUGUCAAGACCACUCCUUACCUAAAGAUGACAGAAGAGUUCAGGACGCAUUUCAGUACAAGUCAGAGAGCUCUUCCGUUUCUGGUGAUCUUUCAGGAGUUUACGACUGCUCCUACUCGGGCUUGAGUGAUGAUGUGCCGGCGUUUGCAGAACGACAGCUGGAAGACGAAGGUGCUUGGAAGGAUGAGCAGAAGGAGGAGUCUUCGUCUGCGACCUCGCAGCCGCUGCAGGGUGCCACUGCAUUCGUGGUCAGCGAGAACCCCCUAGAGUCAUUCUUCAUGACUGCUCCUAGCAGAUCGAGGGCUUCGUCGACCGCUGCGCAACGAGCCUCUGGCCGGUCUCAGGCACUAGCUUUGCAAUCGGUGGCUACCGUCAGAAAGCGCAAGCAGCGUACCUCGAACGUUAGCAUUGACCAGAAUUUGCCGAAACCACUGCAGAUUGUCCAAGAGGACGGCCAAGGGGGUUCCAUUGCCUCCGCUGAUUUUGUGUCUCCGCCUCGUGGAGCACGCCGCAAGGGGCCUUUGAGCAUGGUUGGCAGGGCCAAUGCUGGAUUGCGGAGGAAGAACAAGGAUACUUGUGUCCAGUGCCGCUUGAACAAGCGGAAGUGCGAUGGAAGCUCUCCAUGCGACGCUUGUCGCCCUACCCUACACGAGCAGCCAUGUGCGCGUGCUUGUUUUGCGAACAUUGUCGAAUAUGGAACUUGCAAUUAUAUCUCUCAACGAGCUGUCAAUCACCCAACCGUGGACCGCUCUGGUCGGGUCCGGAUGGAAAUACCAUCCAAAUUCGACUUGAAUGACCUUUUGACGUUCCUGAGCGAGCGGCAAGGACGGUUCAACAUCCGUGCCAGCCAAGCAUGGGGAUCACUGUACGUGUUGGACUUGGCAGAGACGUACAAGUUCUUGAAAUCAUUGAGCGAGUACAAUGGUAACUCGCGAUCCACCUUUCUCGAAUUCAUCGACCGUCGGAUUGUGGAGUCGAAAGACAAGUCCAAGAAUUGGCUGAGCUGUGUCAGAGAUUGCGAUCCGAUGAACAAUAUCUACUCUCUACUCUCACAAUGGAACAACAUGCCUAGUCGUGCCAGCUAUAGCUUCGUUCCCCUGCAAGGUGGAGGCCAAGAAAGGCCCAUGGACAUCCACAACCCGGAAGAUCAACGCGAGAUUCUGCUAGCGGCGCAGCUGUCGCGGAUUGUCUGCCGCAUGCUGGAGGUUGAAGGGUUCCGGAAGCUUGAAAGGGACUUUUACAACAUCAAAUGGAAACAGAUCUCUCAAGAGACACACCUGCGUUUCCUGAGUCAACUCGGACAUAUCCUUCUGUCUCUCCGGUGGCGAGUGUCCUGGUGGAAGCGCCUGGGGGACGGCGGUCGCGAGCCCGACCCAUCGAAGCAGCAUUAUGAGGAUCGAGUCGAACUGCUUUGCCGAAUUCUCUAUGUCUACUACACUUGUGUGCAGGCGAAACUUCCUUCGUGGUCGACCGCCGAUGUGCCCAAGGGUGUCUGGUCCACUUACGCUGAUUCAGAAAAUGCCGUGUGGGACGAUUUCCCCCUGGACCCUAGCGAAGAUGGAUUCAAGAACUGGAUGGAACGAGGCCGCGAACUCAUUGAGCAAGCUGGUGUUCCGAACCGCGUCUCAAAGAUCUAG